AUGUCCCAGUCCCAGGUGGAGGGGGAGACACCCACUUUUAUUGAAGGGAUUGGUGUAUCGGGAACUCAAUUCUUUGAAGUUGGAGUUGGAGUUGGAGUUGGAAUAGGCAAGACAGCACAUGAGUGUCUAGUUUGUUUUAUCGCCGACCCCGCGUUAGUCCCGCGGGCCGCAGCAUUGGCCGAAGCAUCGAAGCCGGUACCCGCAACGGAUGUGUUCCGAUAUGUCCUCUAG